AUGUAUAGCCAAGCUGUUGUUAAAGCUGUCUACGCAAAUCACAACAUCAACUUGCUUACAGAUCCAAGUGACAAGACCCUCCGUGAAUGGGAUGCUCUGUGCAAGAUUGAUCCUGAGGGUAAUGCCAGGAAGGCUGUUGGAUGCUCUUGUCUUGUGAUUAAGGGAGCAGUAUCUGUUCAGACUCUCGAGGAAGCUCUUUUGAUCCAAGAGUCAAGAUUCUACUUUCGAUUGUUGGGGAGUUUGGAUUCCCGCUGGUAUUUGCAAGAGAGCUGGAAAGGGGACGGCCCUUGUGAGAGCUGGUAUGGGAUCAGCUGCAUGGAAGGUAGCAUCACGUCUGUCACAUUCAUCUCUCUGAAUCUGACAUGCAUCAUCUCUCCGAGGUUUGCAGAUCUCACCUCUCUCACGGUGAUUGAUCUUUCCCAUAACCGUCUUACCGGCACAAUUCCCGACGAGCUGUUUACGUUGAAGUAUCUGAGGAUUCUGGAUGUUUCAUACAACCAGUUACAUGGGAGAGUCCCUGGAGCCAGCAGAAUUGUGAUAGACACUCAAGGGAAUCCGAAGAUUGAGACUAACGACAUUGAGAUCGUUGUGGGAAUUUCUGUCGGGGCUGUCUUUGUUUUGCUGAUUGUUGGAGGAGAAUGUGUCGCUCUCUGUUUGAUAUUGAAAAAUAAGCAAUCUAGUAAGGCUGACAGAACAGAGUGUGGAAGCAGAGAAUGUGUUUCAGUUUCAGGUGGUUUCGGAUCAGUGUAUAGGGGUAAGCUGCGAGAAGGAACGGAGAUUGUGGUUAAGGGGAUGGAGCAGUCUAGCAGUGGAAAGGGUGUGGAUGAGGUCAGAUCUGAGGUUAGCGUGCUAACCAAGGUUCAUCACCGUAGCCUUGUGCUUCUCCAUGGAUAUUGCAUCCAAGGAAAUGAGAGGCUGUUACUUUACCAGUACAUGCCUCAAGGAACCCUAAGCAGGCAUGUUUCACUGGAAGGAUUGAAGGACUGA